AUGGCUAAUUUUGGUGCCAUCAUUGGUGUUUCAAUCUAUCCAGCUACUGAUGCUCCCUCAUUUACUAAGGGAAAUAUUAUAUGCUUAUCCACUGUUCUUGCUCAAUGUAUUUUAACUAUUGGAUUGAAACUUUAUUUGGAUUUACUAAAUAAGAGACGUGAUUUGGCUAUAUUAGCAAAUCAUGAUGAUGUAUAUGAUAGUGAUUUGGUGAAAAAUAAAAAGAAACUUAGAGAAAUUGCCAUGAAAUGUGUGGAAAAAGAACCGAAAUUUGAUGAAAUUUUAUGUGAUAGGCAUCCAAAUUGGAGCUAG